UCCGCGUCGGCCGGCCGCUUUGGUCGGUUGUAGUGGCGUCGCCGCCCAGUCCGCUGUCGCAGCGCUCAUCCGCGCCGGGAGCCUUCGGCUGCGUCGCCCGGCAGCCGCGGGAGCAUUUCUUGAAGACGCGGCCAUGCAGCACAUCAGCAGCUCCCAGAGCAGCCAGCACCACGUCCAGUGGCCCAGGGCCUGCCCCGGCACGGGCGACGAGCAGCCAGCAUGCUCCCAGCCACCCCCGCCCCUCACGCUGCCAUCCCCCAGCCACCAACUGCAGCAGCUGAUGGAUGGGUCAGGACUCACCCAGAUCGCCCAGGGAGCCCAGGUUCAGCUCCAGCACCCGGGUACGCCCAUCACAGUCCGAGAGCGGAGACCCUCCCAGCCCCACACACAGUCAGGGGGCACCAUCCACCACUUGGGACCCCAGAGCCCUGCAGCCGCGGGUGGGACUGGCCUGCAGCCCCUGGCCAGCCCAAGCCACAUCACCACGGCUAACUUGCCACCACAGAUCAGCAGCAUCAUCCAGGGCCAGCUGGUCCAGCAGCAGCAGGUGCUGCAGGGGCCGCCGCUGUCCCGGCCCCUGGGCUUCGAGAGGACGCCUGGCGUGCUGCUCCCCGGGGCUGGGGGCGCAGCGGGGUUUGGGAUGACGUCCCCACCCCCGCCCACCAGCCCUUCCAGGACUGCCAUGCCCCCAGGCCUUUCCAGCCUCCCACUCACGUCUGUGGAGAAUGCGGGAGUGAAGAAGGCUCCCAAGAAGUUGGAGGAGAUUCCCCCAGCCUCUCCUGAGAUGGUGCAGAUGAGGAAGCAGUGCCUGGACUAUCAUUACCAGGAGAUGCAGGCUCUGAAGGAGGUCUUCAAGGAGUAUUUGAUUGAACUGUUUUUCUUGCAACACUUUCAAGGGAACAUGAUGGAUUUCUUAGCUUUCAAGGAGAGACUGUAUGGACCAUUACAAGCAUAUCUUAGGCAGAAUGAUUUGGACAUUGAAGAGGAGGAGGAGGAGCACUUUGAAGUCAUUAAUGAUGAGGUAAAGGUUGUGGCCAGAAAGCACGGGCAGCCUGGGACUCCUGUUGCCAUAGCAACCCAGCUUCCCCCGAGGACUUCCGUGGCUUUUCCAGCCCAGCAGCAGCCGCUCCAGCCCCUGGCACCCACCACUGUACUGUCUGUCUCUGCGGAUUGGAAUGCACUUCUCAAGCCACCUAAGAGGAAUGCCCCUCACACCACAGGCCGCGCAGCUCACCGGAUAGUGGCAGAGUCAGCAGCAGUACAACCCCUCCACAGGGCCUCCUGUGCAGAAUGCUGCCAGCUUACACACCCCACUGCCACAGCUGCCUGGGGGGCUGCCCCCGGCCGGGGUCUGCGCUGCAGCGUCUUUGCAGGUCUCCCAGCAGCAGGCGACAGAGCCACAAGCACAGCCCCCAGUCCAGGGAAGGACCCAGCAGCCAAUCGCAGCACCGCCACCUCUCCUGCCAGGUGGCUCUCAGCGCCACCCCCACAGGCUGUGCAGCUUGCGCUCCACCUCCCUACCCAGGGGCAGGCAGCUCCCCGGGCACCAUCGCAGGAGAACCAGGUGCAUCAGUGCGUUACGGAGCUGAGGAAAGCAGGUCUGUGGUCCCAGAGGCAUCUGCCAAAGCUGCAGGAGGCCCCACGGCCCAAGUCUCACUGGGGCUAUCUGCUGGAGGAGAUGCAGUGGAUGGCCACAGAUUUUGCCCAGGAGCGGAGGUGGAAGGCGGCCUCUGUGAAGAAGAGUCUCACUCUGUCACUCAAGCUGGAGUUCAGUGGCGCAAUCUUGGCUCACUACAACUUCCACCUCCCAGAUGGUCAGAGCCGUGGCCCGGCAGCUGCAGGCCAGGAUGCGCAGAGAGGCCAAGACCGGGAGGGAGGAGCCGAGCAGGCUGAGACGGACGGCACCUCCACUACCAGAGAAAUCCAGCGUUCCUGGUCUAGUACUGCGCAGAUAGUAGAAAUUAAGCUGCAAAUUGAAUUUCAAGAGAAACAGAAAAGACAUUAAAUUUGAAUAAAUAUUCAAAAAGAGGGCAUAAUGAGACUGAAGUCUUGAAAACGUUAUGAAUUCUACCUUUGUUGGUAAAGACGCCAGCAUCUUUGAAGCAGGCGCUCCGCUUGAAAAUAAAAGUGACAUGUCUUUUUAAAAGCAUGAGUGAAGAAAGAAAGACAUAAACUUCCGGAUUUGCAUAAGCGAGCUUGCCAACUAAGGAAACACACGAGUAUUAUGUGUAUCUUCAGGAGCACUUGAUUCGACUCCAGGAGCAGAAACUGUAGCUGCCCCCACCACCCCCACCACUGCAGACCCUGCCCGGGGCCCCGCAGUCAACCACACAAGUGCAAGUGCAGUCGCCACCCCCUACCACAGCAGAGCCCCCAGCUCACGGCUCCGGGCCCAGAGCCCUGUUGACAGACUCCACCUCCCACCUGCAAGGCCCAAGACUGAUGUCAGUGCUGAUGUCCCAGAUGGCCCAGGUUGCUCUGGCCACGCCUUCUGUGGUGUCUGUCCUGGCAGUUGCGGUGCUGUCAGCCAGGGUCACAGCACCUCCAUCAACGCAACAGGAUAGCUGCAGAAAGCGGCAGGGGGCCAGACUGGUUGCAGCAGCCUCUGCAUGUGCAGCAGCUCCAAAAGCUGAAACACCACCAGCAGCAAAAAGGUGUGCAGCCCUCAGCCACCCCAGGCCCGCUGCACCACAGCAGAAGGAGGAGCGUGAAGGCCUGUCCAGUUUUCCCAGCACGGGCCGUCCUCCCAACCCUGGAAUCAAACGCGGCUAUCUCCAGAUUGGCCCAAGCCUUCAGGGGUCUGACGGAACGACGGCUUCUCUCCACACCAACCCCACCCACACCAGGCGGGACGGUCCCACAUACAACGCCCAGGAGCUCACAGUGUGGCUGCGCCAGCACUCACCGGUGC